CGGGGCCGAGCUGCGGCUGCGGCAGCGGCACCGCGGGGACGCGGCGGCCGCGGGGACACGGCCCGGCUCCGGGGACACGGGCCGGCUCAGGGCUGGGUUGUUUGCUACAGCCACACCGGGAGGUACCGGGAUAAGGGCGGAUCCCAGCUCCGGUGCCCAGCUUCACCCGCGUUCUCCGCCCGCCCGGGCGCCGCUGUGGGCAUGGAGGAGGGACGGCGGCGAGCGCAGCGCUGGGCUUGUGGCUCUGGGGAUCCUCGGCUCUGCCUUGGCGCUGAGGUGUGCUGACCAUGCUGCCGCUGACCCCGCCCGUCUCCGAGACCCCUCUGCAGGAGCACUCGUAGGGUUUGCCGUGCAGAUCCAUGGACCUGGAGCCCCAUGCCAGCAUGCAGGUGGGGAUGAGGGUAGUCCGUGGAGUGGACUGGAAGUGGGGCAGCCAGGACAGCGGCGAGGGCAACGUGGGCACCGUGGUGGAGAUCGGCCGCACGGGCAGCCCCACCACGCCCGACAAGACCGUGGUGGUGCAGUGGGAUCAGGGCAACAGGACCAACUACCGCACGGGCUUCCAGGGGGCCUACGACCUGCUGCUCUAUGACAACGCCCAGAUAGGUGUCCGUCACCCCAACAUCAUCUGCGACUGCUGCAAGAAGCACGGCAUCCGCGGCAUGAGGUGGAAGUGCAAGCUGUGCUUCGACUACGACCUGUGCACGCAGUGCUACAUGAACAACAAGCACGACCUGGCGCACGCCUUCGAGCGCUACGAGACCGCCCACUCCCAGCCGGUCCUCGUGAGCCCUCGGCAGAAUCUGACUCGCAUCACCCUAAAAGGGACUUUCCAGGGGGCUAAAGUGGUCCGUGGGCCUGACUGGGAGUGGGGCAACCAGGAUGGGGGUGAGGGUAAGACCGGCCGCGUGGUCGAUAUCCGCGGCUGGGACGUGGAGACCGGCCGCAGCGUCGCCAGCGUCACCUGGGCAGACGGAACCACCAACGUCUACAGGGUGGGCCACAAGGGAAAAGUGGACCUCAAAUGUACCGUGGAGGCUUCUGGGGGCUUCUACUACAAGGAGCACCUCCCGAAAUUAGGGAAACCAGCUGAGCUGCAGAGGAAGGAGAGCACAGACAGACAUCCCUUCCAGCACGGGGACAAGGUGAAGUGCCUGCUGGACAUCGACAUCCUGCGGGAGAUGCAGGAGGGCCACGGGGGCUGGAAUCCCAAAAUGGCUGAGUUCAUCGGGCAGACGGGGACGGUGCACAGGAUCACGGACAGGGGGGACGUGAGGGUGCAGUUCAACAGUGACACGCGCUGGACCUUCCACCCUGGAGCCCUGACCAAGCUCAACACCUUUUGGGUUGGUGAUGUGGUCCGGGUGAUAGAUGAUAUGGAAACGGUGAAGCGCUUCCAACCUGGUCAUGGGGAGUGGACAGAUGAGAUGGCACCUACCCUGGGGCACAUUGGGAAGGUGAUCAAGGUCUAUGGGGAUGGAGAUCUGCGAGUGUCAGUGGGGGGACAGUCCUGGACCUUCAACCCUGCCUGCCUGACAGCCUACCAGAGGGAGGAGGAGGCCAACCUGAUGACCACAGAGAGUGCCAAGGAGCCCAAAAGUACUUUGGUGACUGUCCUGGAGAAGCUGCUGUCCCAGAGGACAGAGUCAGAGCACGCAGGGUGCCUGGUCAUUUGUGCAGCCCUCAACAAUGCAGCUAAAAUCCGGGAGCUCCUCCAGAAAUACCCAGACAAGGUGGAUGCCAAGAACCAGGGCAGGACUGCCCUGCAGAUUGCCUCUUACCAGGGCCACCUGGAGGUGGUGAAGGCUCUGCUGCAGGCUCAUGCCAACGUGGACCUGCGAGACGACGAGGGGGACACGGCGCUGCACUACGCAGCCUUUGGAAACCAAGCUGAAGUUGCCCGUGUGCUGCUGGCCAAGGGGGCCAGUGCAGACCUGCUGAACAAUGCCAAGUGCACAGCCCUGUACGUCGCUGUCAGCCAGGGCUUCACCGAGGUGGUGAGAGCCCUCUGUGAGCUCAACUGUGAUGUCAACCUCCCAGAUUCCCAGGGAGACACCCCCCUGCAUUAUGCCAUCACCCUGGACUACAAAGUUGUGAUUGAGAUCCUCACUGAAGUUCCCAACAUCGAUUUCACUGUCCAGAACUGUCAAGGCUUCAACCUGCUCCACUAUGCUGCCCUGAAAGGCAACAAGCUAGCCAUAAAGAAGAUUCUGGCCAGGGCUCGACAGCUGGUGGACUCCAAAAAGGAAGAUGGAUUCACUGCCCUGCACCUUGCUGCUCUCAACAACCACAUGGAAGUGGCUGAAAUUCUCAUCAAAGAGGGUCGCUGCGAUGUGAGCGUGAAGAACAGCAGGAAGCAGAGCCCCCUGCACCUGGCAGUGAUCCAGGGCCACGUGGCCAUGGUGCAGCUGCUGGUGAGCCAGGGCAGCGAUGUCAAUGCUGAGGAUGAGGACGGUGACACCGCCAUGCACAUGGCCCUGGAGCGGCAGCAGCUCAUGGCCCUGGCCCUGGAGAAGAGGGACGGGGAGAUGGGAGCCGCCCUCCUGGCCAAGCUGCAGGCUUCUGGCUUCCUGGGAAACGUGGAGCUGAACGUUGGGACUGCCAUUGCCUGCUACUUAGCACAAGAAGGAGCAGAUAUUAAUUAUGCAAAUCAUCGGGGAAAGUCUCCUUUGGACCUCAUCACAGAUGGAAGGAUUGUCCAGAUCAUCAAAGACUUCUCACAGAAAUUCAGGGAUCGGCAGGUUUCCUCUGACAGCUCCACCAUCACCUGCAGCCUUCGCCGCGUGCACACCACGCCCAACACCAUGACCAACCUCAGCGUGUCCAGCGUGGCCGUGCCCUCCGAGUGCCUGGUCUGCUCAGAGCUGGCCUUGCUCAUCCAUUUCUUCCCAUGCCAGCACAGCAUUGUGUGUGAAGAAUGCUCCAGGAGGAUGAAGAAGUGCAUCAAAUGUCAAGUGACAAUAACCAAAAAGCUGAAACAAGACAGCACGGAGGUGGAGUGCAGCCCCAGCUCGGAGUGCACGGAGCAGAGGAAGCUGAUGGAGGAGCUGCAGAGCCGCUACCGGCAGAUGGAGGAGAGGAUCACCUGCCCCAUCUGCAUCGACGACCAGAUCAAGCUGGUGUUCCAGUGCGGGCACGGCUCCUGCCCGGACUGCAGCACGGCGCUGACCGUGUGCCCCAUCUGCCGCCAGGCCAUCCGCGAGAGGAUCCACAUCUUCGUCUGAGGGAGGAUCCACGUCUUUGUCUGAGGAUCUGCUCCUCCCUCCAUCCGCGAGAGGAUCCACAUCUUUGUCUGAGGAUUCUGCUCCUCCCUCCAUCCAGGAGAGGAUCCACAUCUUUGUCUGAGGAUCUGCUCCUCCCUGUGCCCCAUCUGCCGCCAGGCCAUCCGCGAGAGGAUCCACAUCUUCGUCUGAGGGAGGAUCCACGUCUUUGUCUGAGGAUCUGCUCGCCUCCCUCCAUCCGCGAGAGGAUCCACAUCUUUGUCUGAGGAUCUGCUCCUCCCUGUGCCCCAUCUGCCUGCAGGCCAUCCGCAAGAGGAUCCACAUCUUCGUCUGAGUGAGGAUCUGCUCCUCCCUGUGCCCAGGGAGGAUCCACAUCUUUGAGUGAGGGUGCUGCUCCAGCCCCAUCUGUCCUGGAGAGGAUCCACACCUUUGUCUGAGGAUGCUGCUCCUCCCUGUGCCCCAUCUGCCUUUAGGCCAUCCCAAGAGGAUCCACAUCUUCGUCUGAGUGAGGAUGCUGCUCCUCCCCCAUCUGCUGCCAGGCUGCCCGGGAGAGGAUCCACAUCUUCGGCUGAGGAUGCUGCUCCUCCCUGUGCCCCAUCUGCCCAGGAGAGGAUCCACAUUUUCCCUUGAGGAUGCUGCCCUGGCCCCAGCCCUGCCGUGCUUCCUCCCUCUGCAGGGGUUUGGCUCCCUGGGAAAAGGAGGGAAGCACAGAAGGGAUGUGCCAGGGGAGGAGGAGGAGGAGGAGGAAGAGGAGUCCCCUCUGGGGUGUCCCUCCCUCGCCCGUGCUGCUCAUCCACCGCCAGCACCGGACCGAGCACGCUGCAGAGCUGGGCUGAGCAUGAAAAAUCCUGGGGUGUUCUAGAGCUGAACAGAUCCUGGGGUGCUCCAGAGCUGAACAGAUCCUGGGGUGUUCCAGGGCUGAACAGAUCCUGGGGUGUUCCAGGGCUGAUCCUGGGGUGUUCCAGAGCUGAACAGAUCCCGGGGU